GCUCUGUAUACUUCGGAAAACAGUCAGUCACGUCACAGAACAGAUUUUCCUGUCGUUCCAAUCAUGUCGUAUGUAACGAGCUGGAAGGAAGGAGACGGAGAUUUCCUUUUGGUUGUUGCUGGAUUGACGCGCUUUGCACCCUAUCUAUCCGGCUGGCAAGAGUUCAAAGAUCAUAUUCGGAAAGUAGUCCGAGAGCAGCCCGGAUGGGUUGACGUAUACGCAAGUCAAAGUCAACGUCGGGGUGAAAUGCAGGGCUGGUGCAGACUCAAGGACAAGGAAGACGCAGAUGCUGCAUAUAAAAUAUUCUACCGGUCAAAAGGCAUGCUGGUCCAUGUCUGGCAGACGCGUCGCAGCAGCGAUGGAUUCCGCCUGAUGAAAUGCAACUGCUCAGUACAUUUCCCAGAAGUGGCUGAGAACGAUCAUUCUGCUGGCCUAUGCGGCAUCGACAUUGGAAGGGUGAACCAACUGGGCGGUAAGCCAUACACCGCUGCUCCAGCACAGUACAUGGCAGUUCAGCCAGGCUAUUCUUAUCCUGUCUUCCCCGCAACCACAUCCUAUGCUAUUGAACCAGUCUACGCAACUCAAGUACCCCAAAUACUACCGAUGAUGGCCCAGUCCCCAGUUUACUCGGCGAGCAACAGCGGCAUGCCAGUGAACAUCCGCGACGGAGCGAUGCUCACCGAGGCUCGCGGCAUUUUCAUCCAGAAUCUCAGCUACAAGGUUGGCUCCGACGAGCUCAGAAACUUGCUCUACACUGUGGGCCGGCCCGUGUAUUGCAAAGUGCACCGGGAUCGUUCUGGUGUGUCAAAGGGGGUGGCAACCGCCAAAUUCGCAUCGACCCACGAAGCACAGCUCGCGGUGACCCAUCUCAAUCGCAAACCACACAGGGGUAUGGCCCUGAAGGUCCGCUUGGACCAGGACACAACCGUUGUUGGGCAGGUUGGGCCUCCCCUGGUGGUCAAUGGAUCUGUUGGCGCCUAUAAGUGAGUGCAGCUAUGAACGCGUUGGUCAAGGCUAACGGCAGAUAGCGCCAGCAAGUAGCAACGCCCACACCACUCGAGCCUGAUGUCUCUGGUACAAUCUAUCCGGUAGACAUUACUGUUAUGAUCGUUGUAUGAGGCAUGUAGUGUGGCUUCUGUUGAACCAAAUGGCUGGGUUAUGCCUCAAUUUGGAUUAAUCUCCGGGAAGAUGGGAUGUGUGUGGGGGGCGCGAUGUACAUACUCUCGUUCAGUGUGGGUUUCUGGGCUAUGGCGCAAUUGUUCCUUUCGGUAUCCUUAGCGCACCUAUUGUCCGAUAUCCACGAAAUGCUGCGGUCAAU